CCCUCUCUCUCUCUCUGUGGCUGUACCAAAUGUGCCAUGCCCAGCGACCUGAGUAAAGCAUCUAAAUUUCUCAGCUCAGCUUUCACACUCAGACUCGCACCAAACCCUGCAAAAUUUCGCUGCUCCGUUAAGCUUUCAACCAUGUCUAAUGGAGAAGGAGCGGUUCGCUUCCCUUUAUCUGCUUCAAGCACUCUUGUCAUCCAAAAGGGAGAUAUCACCAAGUGGUUCAUCGACGGCUCCACAGACGCCAUCGUUAAUCCAGCAAAUGAGCGAAUGCUUGGAGGUGGUGGUGCAGAUGGAGCUAUACAUAGGGCUGCUGGCCCAGAUCUUCUACAAGCAUGCUAUAGUGUCCCAGAAGUCAGGCCAGGUGUCCGUUGUCCCACUGGAGAAGCAAGGAUUACCCCAGGUUUUAAGUUGCCUGCUUCUCAUGUAAUUCACACUGUUGGACCGAUCUACCGUUCUGGCAGUAACCCAGAAGUUUAUCUGAGUGCUGCAUACAGGAACAGCUUGAGCAUAGCCAAAUCAAACAACAUUCAAUAUGUUGCAUUUCCUGCCAUUUCUUGUGGCGUGUAUGGAUAUCCUUAUGAUGAAGCAGCCACAGUAGCUUUAUCUACAAUUAGAGAGUCUGUGAAUGACCUAAAGGAGGUGCACUUUGUUCUGUUUGCAGAUGAUAUUUACACUGUUUGGUUGGACAAGGCCAAUGAAUUGCUUAAAGCUUAAUAUGUACCAGGAGCAAGCAGUUAGCAGAUAUAUGACUUACCUUUCUGUCAUCAUAUGUGGAUGCAAAACUUUUCAUGUAGAGUGUUGACUUGUAACGUGUAGAACAAAUGGUGAAUAUGUUCUUAUGUUGCCAGGAUACUCGAGUUAUUAUUAUGAUGGAAAUUUCAUGGAAUUAUUAUUAUA